CGGCGGCGGCGUGCGAAACUUCAGUUCACUCUGAAAAAUCGAAAGCAAACGAUCACAGAAUAUCGUGACUCGAGAAGCAAGUUACUCAUUCCAGUGCUGUCGUGGCUGUGAAUUACUUAUUACCUGAAUUUAACUUUAGUUAUCUAAUUAAAUUGUUAAUAUAGGUGCAACAAUGCGGUGGAGUUUACUGGCGUUAGCGUGUGUCGUGGCGGCAGUUUGUGCCGACGACAAAAAAGAAAAGGAUAAGGACAUUGGCACAGUCAUCGGUAUUGACUUGGGAACCACAUAUUCAUGUGUUGGUGUGUACAAAAAUGGCCGCGUGGAAAUCAUCGCCAACGACCAGGGUAACCGUAUCACUCCCUCAUACGUGGCCUUCACCCAGGACGGCGAGCGUCUCAUCGGUGACGCCGCCAAGAAUCAGCUGACCACCAAUCCCGAGAACACUGUCUUCGACGCCAAGCGUCUUAUCGGUAGGGAAUGGAGCGACACCACCGUACAACACGACGUCAAAUUCUUCCCCUUCAAGGUUGUAGAAAAGAACAGCAAACCCCACGUCUCCGUCAUGACCGCCCAGGGCGACAAGAUCUUCGCUCCCGAAGAAAUCUCCGCCAUGGUCCUCACCAAGAUGAAGGAAACCGCCGAGGCGUACUUGGGCAAGAAGGUCACUCAUGCCGUCGUCACUGUACCUGCCUAUUUCAACGACGCUCAGCGUCAGGCCACUAAGGAUGCUGGUGUCAUCGCCGGCCUCAACGUCAUGAGGAUCAUCAACGAGCCUACUGCUGCCGCCAUCGCCUACGGUCUCGAUAAGAGGGAGGGAGAGAAGAACGUUCUCGUAUUCGAUCUUGGUGGUGGUACCUUCGACGUGUCUCUUCUUACUAUCGAUAACGGAGUUUUCGAAGUCGUGGCCACUAACGGAGACACCCAUCUUGGUGGUGAGGACUUCGAUCAGCGCGUCAUGGAACACUUCAUCAAGCUAUACAAGAAGAAGAAGGGCAAGGACAUCAGGAAGGACAACCGUGCCGUGCAGAAGCUCCGUCGUGAAGUAGAGAAGGCCAAGCGCGCCCUGUCUUCCAGCCACCAGGUCAAGAUCGAAAUUGAAUCCUUCUUUGAGGGUGAAGACUUCUCCGAAACCCUGACUCGUGCCAAGUUCGAGGAGCUGAACAUGGACCUCUUCAGAUCUACCCUCAAGCCCGUCCAGAAGGUGUUGGAGGACGCCGACAUGAACAAGAAGGACGUCGACGAGAUCGUACUGGUUGGAGGUUCAACUCGUAUCCCCAAGGUCCAACAGCUGGUCAAGGAAUUCUUCAACGGCAAGGAGCCUUCCCGAGGCAUCAACCCCGACGAGGCUGUAGCGUACGGUGCCGCCGUCCAAGCCGGAGUCCUCAGCGGAGAACAAGACACUGAUGCUAUCGUACUUCUAGACGUCAAUCCUCUUACCAUGGGUAUUGAGACCGUCGGAGGCGUAAUGACCAAGCUAAUCCCCAGAAACACCGUCAUCCCCACCAAGAAGUCUCAGAUCUUCUCUACCGCCAGCGACAACCAGCACACCGUCACCAUCCAGGUCUACGAGGGUGAACGCCCAAUGACCAAGGACAACCAUCUCCUCGGAAAGUUCGAUCUUACCGGCAUUCCUCCCGCGCCUCGUGGUAUCCCUCAAAUCGAGGUCACAUUUGAAAUCGAUGCCAACGGUAUCCUCCAAGUGUCUGCCGAGGAUAAGGGCACAGGAAACCGGGAGAAGAUCGUGAUCACCAACGACCAGAACAGGCUGACGCCCGAGGACAUCGAGCGGAUGAUCAAGGACGCUGAGAAGUUCGCCGACGACGAUAAGAAGCUGAAGGAGCGAGUGGAGGCCAGGAACGAGCUUGAGAGCUACGCUUACUCCAUCAAGAACCAGCUCCAGGACAAGGAGAAGCUGGGUGCUAAGGUAUCAGACGAUGAGAAGAGCAAGAUGGAGGAAGCCAUUGACGCAGCGAUCAAAUGGCUAGAGGACAACCAAGACACAGAUGCAGAGGAAUACAAAAAGCAGAAGAAGAGCCUAGAAGAUGUUGUCCAACCCAUCAUCGCCAAGCUGUAUCAGGGAACCGGUGGAGUACCACCCCCCGGAGCUGGAGAUGAUGAAGACUUCAAGGAUGAGUUGUAACCACAAGGCCUGCAUGGAUGGAGACUUCCAAGCUUGGAUGAACCGGAUCUGAAUGUUGAUGAACUGUAAAACUGGAUAGAUUCAAAUUCUUCAGAGCCGGCACAGGUCUUUUGUGAUCUCCUGCCUAUACGGAUUAUAAACAGUACAAUUUGUGGAUAACCCGUAUCUAAACAGCGUGUAGUGGAUAUUUAUUGUGUGUAUGGGGGCCUUAACGCGCGCGUUUAGGUAAAGUAUUCUUAAUUUAAACUUGCGCGUUUUGGUUAGUGUGUUUGGGCGUGUGGGGGCCAGUCGACGGCGUUUUAAAUCUAGCGAUCAAGCCGGUGGCUGCCUCGUUAAUGCAUUUCUAUUAGACUUUUUUCAAUUCUGCUCUCUGUUACUCGUUACUGUAAUGAUCGUUAUCAACGUGCAGGUUUCAUAGCAAAGAAUGGUUGGCAAAAUAUAUAUACAAAAGAAUUUUUAUAAUUAUCAUUACCUAUAUAAUAAAUGUCUAUUAUUCAAAUUAUGCCAAAUGAACAACUAAAAUUUGUUCAAUGAAUUUGGGUGUCAGUUGUAGACGUCAUUAGAAAAAAACAUUUUAAGAAACCAAAUGACCUUUCCACGUCAACGGAAUUAUUGUUAUUUAUAUUUACCAGUUAGAGUAUAGGACCCCUUUUCCUUCUUGGGACAGAAUAUUUCAGUGUCUUUUUUUUUCUGUUUGAUCGCAGCUAACCUAACAAGUUGCUCCUCGGUUCGCUCAUCUUCGCACCAAUUUUGCCUCUAUCACUUAAAUUUUCUUAGUCCUAAACACCUUUAACAAGUAGAGAAAAAUGCUUCAUGACAAAAGAUACUUAAUUUAACAUUUCCUACAUGAUAAAGUAAUGAAAAACUGAUGAUAGAUAAGAAUAAAAAAUCACACUGAAGUACCAAGAACGGCCCCCCCUUUCUUUCUUUUUUAUAUUAAAAGUCGAAGAAGGUUUACUAAUGUGAAGAAUUAUAUCAUGUAGUAAAUUAAUGAAAAAAUAUAUUGAUUAUUUACAUGUAUUGAUUUUUCUGCUAACCAUAUGCCUUGCUAUGAACACUGCAUGUUCAGAACGAUCACUACUCGUUAGAUAGGGGCAUAAGUUCCUUGAUUAGGGAUUUAUGCUCAUUUGUGAUCACUUUUUGACAACUUCUCUUCGUUUUUUUUAUACGUAUGUUAUUUUUUGAAUGAAAGGAUGUCUCCGGACGUAAAAAUUUGAGAUUUAGUCAAAAAGGGAUACGAGUAAUAGACAACCAAGUCUCUCGGGUGGUGGCGCGCUGCGUCCAUCUGCGUCCCUUUCGCAGUAGACCUGUUAGACAGAGAUGGAGACUAGACGCCAGUGUCCCGCUGCCUCAGGUUAAGUGUGUCUACAUUUAAUGUAUUCAAUAAUGCCAAUUUUAAAACUGAUUAAAAAAUAUAUUAACAAAAUAGGAUUAAUAGUUAAAUGUUAAAUACAAAUUUUAAUGCUCUCGAUAAUAACCGUUAGUAUUUUCAUAGUCCCAACGAUUAGACGAUUGUAAAAAAGAAUAGUUGCGUCAAGUAUUGGCAGUUGUGCCACAACUGUUGUUGGUUAUGGCAGAAUGUGGUCUGAAAACGUUACAUUUAGCAAAAUAUUGUGUUAAAUAAUUCUGCAGUUUGUAUUUUGACGGUGGUGCUGGUUUAGCAUUUGUUUAUAUUCACUACUAACAUUGAUACUAGUUUCUUUACUUUUUAGGGUUCCGUAGCCAAAUGGCAAAAAACGGAACCCUUAUAGAUUCGUCAUGUCCGUCUGUCUGUCCGAUUAUGUCACAGCCACUUUUUUCCGAAACCAUAAGAUCUAUACUGUUCAAACUUGGUAAGUAGAUGUAUUCUAUGAACCGCAUUAAGAUUUUUACACAAAAAUAGAAAAAAAAAUCGGGGGUUCCCCAUACUUAGAACUGAAACUCAAAAAAUCUUUUUUCAUUUUAGAGUUUGCAAGUUCGGUGACAUUAUUUAGUAUCUUGUUAUAGAAUUUUAUACAAUUUCCCAAGAACGACUUUCUUGUUUUAGCCAGUCUGUAAAAUGUUACUUUAAGCUUUCUUGCGUUUUCUUUGGCUCCGACUUUAGCCCUUAACCCAGUUAGGCCGCUUUAACCAGGAUUUCGCACGGUCUGAAGGGCAUUGAUGAGAAGAACAUAGGCCACAGCUCCAUAUUACAGAAGCCCCCAAACAGCGUUAUCCCCUUGAUUGUGUGCGACACCUUCGAGGAGACCAAAGAAAACAGUCCAACUAAAUCGGCGCCCGUGACCCCAAUAAUUGAAAGGAAAAUAAACAACACGCUGUACAGUCAGCGUCAAAUACUUUGUAGCAACCAAAGUAGCCAAAUAGUUCGGUACACCAUAUAUUUAGUAUGGUGUACCGAACUAUUUGGCCACUUUGACUGCUACAAAAUAUUUGACGCUGACUGUACCAAGACCUAAGAUUAAUCUUAUAUACACUCCCACCAGACUUACGAGAUCAGCUUAAGAAUUAAACGGCGAUGGCUCCGCCGCUUCCCGCGCGUCGCUCAGGACUAGCUCCACCAACAACGUGGCUCGCAAGAACACCCCGACCAGUAUGUCUCGACCCAACACGCAGAGACAGGUCUAGUGAAAACUGACUAGCCUUUUAUUUAAAUUUUUUCGGCGUUAUGGUCCGUUAAAUUGUGACAAUAACAAUAAUCAAAAUUAAAAAGUUAUAUUAUAACUUAUUGUUAUUGUAUCUCGUUUUGUGCACAUCCGUACUAGAAAAACCGGCCAAGUGCGUGUCGGGCAACGCAUAAUGGAGGGUUCCGUACCUUCAUACAAUACAAAAAGCCAGACAAGCAAAAGAGCGAAUGUUCGUGGCACUUUCUUCGUUUUAAUAAGAAGAUAUUCAAAAUAAUUUUCCUGAAAAAGUAUUUAUUACAGUUUAAUUAUUUACCUUACUAAGAUGCGACUUACAUAAUACACCUUCGUUCCAUAUAUCGUUAUAAAAUAUAUCGUAUAGUUUUCGAGUAAAAUGGUUGUGACAUACGGACAGACAGACAGACGGCAAUGGCGAAACUAUAAGGGUUUUUGCCAUUUUGGCUACGAAACCCUAAAAAUAUUAUUUAAUAGCGCUACGAAUUGAUCAUGAUAACUUUUUACCGUUAGUAUUUUCAUAGUCCCAACGAUUAGACGAUUGUACAAAAGAAUAGUUGCGUCAAGUAUUGGCAGUUGUGCCACAACUGUUGUUGGUUAUGGCAGAAUGUGGUCUGAAAACGUUACAUUUAGCGAAAUAUUGUGUUAAAUAAUUCUGCAGUUUGUAUUUUGAUGAUGGUGCUAGUUUAGCAUUUGUUUAUAUUCACCACUAACAUUGAUACUGGUUUCUUUACUUUUUAGGGUUCCGUAGCCAAAUGGCAAAAAACGGAACCCUUAUAGAUUCGUCAUGUGCGUCUGUCUGUCCGAUUAUGUCACAGCCACUUUUUUCCGAAACCAUAAUAGCUAUACUGUUCAAACUUGGUAAGUAGAUGUAUUCUAUGAACCGCAUUAAGAUUUUUACACAAAAAUAGAAAAAAAAAUCGGGGGUUCCCCAUACUUAGAACUGAAACUCAAAAAAUCUUUUUUCAUUUUAGAGUUUGCAAGUUCGGUGACAUUUAGUAUCUUGUUAUAGAAUUUUAUACAAUUUCCCAAGAACGACUUUCUUGUUUUAGCCAGUCUGUAAAAUGUUACUUUAAGCUUUCUUGUGUUUUCUUUGGCUCCGACUUUAGCCCUUAACCCAGUUAGGCCGCUUUAACCAGGAUUUCGCACGGUCUGAAGGGCAUUGAUGAGAAGAACAUAGGCCACAGCUCCAUAUUACAGAAGCCCCCAAACAGCGUUAUCCCCUUGAUUGUGUGCGACACCUUCGAGGAGACCAAAGAAAACAGUCCAACUAAAUCGGCGCCCGUGACCCCAAAAAUUGGAAAGGAAAAUAAACAAGACCUAAGAUUAACUCCCACCAGACUUACCAGAUCAGCUUCAGAAUUAAACGGCGAUGGCUCCGCCGCUUCCCGCGCGCCGCUCAGGACUAGCUCCACCAACAACCUGGCUCGCAAGAACACCCCGACCAGUAUGUCACGACCCAACACGCAGAGACAGGUCUAGUGAAAACUGACUAGCCUUUUAUUUUUAUUUUUUCAGCGUUAUGGUCCGUUAAAUUGUGACAAUAACAAUAAUCAAAAUUAAAAAGUUAUAUUAUAACUUAUUGUUAUUGUAUCUCGUUUUGUGCACAUCCGUACUAGAAAAACCGGCCAAGGGCGUGUCGGGCAACGCAUAAUGGAGGGUUCCGUACCUUCAUACAAUACAAAAAGCCAGACAAGCAAAAGAGCGAAUGUUCGUGGCACUUUCUUCGUUUUAAUAAGAAGAUAUUCAAAAUAAUUUUCCUGAAAAAGUAUUUAUUACAGUUUAAUUAUUUACCUUACUAAGAUGCGACUUACAUAAUACACCUUCGUUCCAUAUAUCGUUAUAAAAUAUAUCGUAUAGUUUUCGAGUAAAAUGGUUGUGACAUACGGACAGACACAGACAGACGGCAAUGGCGAAACUAUAAGGGUUUUUGCCAUUUUGGCUACGAAACCCUAAAAAUAUUAUUUAAUAGCGCUACGAAUUGAUCAUGAUAACUUUUUACCGUUAGUAUUUUCAUGCCGUUAGUAUUUUAGCCAGUCUGUAAAAUGUUACUUUAAGCUUUCUUGCGUUUUCUUUGGCUCCGACUUUAGCCCUUAACCCAGUUAGGCCGCUUUAACCAGGAUUUCGCACGGUCUGAAGGGCAUUGAUGAGAAGAACAUAGGCCACAGCUCCAUAUUACAGAAGCCCCCAAACAGCGUUAUCCCCUUGAUUGUGUGCGACACCUUCGAGGAGACCAAAGAAAACAGUCCAACUAAAUCGGCGCCCGUGACCCCAAAAAUUGAAAGGAAAAUAAACAACACGCUGUACAGUCAGCGUCAAAUACUUUGUAGCAACCAAAGUAGCCAAAUAGUUCGGUACACCAUAUAUUUAGUAUGGUGUACCGAACUAUUUGGCCACUUUGACUGCUACAAAAUAUUUGACGCUGACUGUACCAAGACCUAAGAUUAAUCUUAUAUACACUCCCACCAGACUUACGAGAUCAGCUUAAGAAUUAAACGGCGAUGGCUCCGCCGCUUCCCGCGCGUCGCUCAGGACUAGCUCCACCAACAACGUGGCUCGCAAGAACACCCCGACCAGUAUGUCUCGACCCAACACGCAGAGACAGGUCUAGUGAAAACUGACUAGCCUUUUAUUUAAAUUUUUUCGGCGUUAUGGUCCGUUAAAUUGUGACAAUAACAAUAAUCAAAAUUAAAAAGUUAUAUUAUAACUUAUUGUUAUUGUAUCUCGUUUUGUGCACAUCCGUACUAGAAAAACCGGCCAAGUGCGUGUCGGGCAACGCAUAAUGGAGGGUUCCGUACCUUCAUACAAUACAAAAAGCCAGACAAGCAAAAGAGCGAAUGUUCGUGGCACUUUCUUCGUUUUAAUAAGAAGAUAUUCAAAAUAAUUUUCCUGAAAAAGUAUUUAUUACAGUUUAAUUAUUUACCUUACUAAGAUGCGACUUACAUAAUACACCUUCGUUCCAUAUAUCGUUAUAAAAUAUAUCGUAUAGUUUUCGAGUAAAAUGGUUGUGACAUACGGACAGACACAGACAGACGGCAAUGGCGAAACUAUAUGUGUUUUUGCCAUUUUGGCUACGAAACCCUAAAAAUAUUAUUUAAUAGCGCUACGAAUUGAUCAUGAUCUUUUUCUGAUAAAUCGUCGAAUUUCGACUAUUAAAACAUUUUGCUAUGGAAAUGGCGUGUGGACGUCAUUAUUAUUGUAAUAGAUUAUAAAAUAUUGUAAACUGCUGAUAUUUUUUUACUCUUACCUUCUGUCUACUGUUUGAUGUAAAAAUUUGAAUUUCUUAUUAAUUUUAGAAUAAUUUAAUAUUAAUAUAAUUUUGCGCGUUUAACUAUGAGAGGUUUAAUUUGUUAAUGAGUCCAAUUAAGUUAGUUAUAUCAUAGUUAAACGCGCAAAAUUAUAUUAAUAUUAAAUUAUUCUAAAAUUAAUAAGAUUCAAAUAUUUAUGGCAUUUCUGUUGUUAUGUGUGGCAUUUUCUUGACACUUGUGGCAUUUCUGCCAGUCUUGAUGCAUUUACCAGUUGGGGCCUGUUUCCACCUAGAUUCCGUAGACAUACCGCCCAGAGGCGACCUCAGUGUCUGUAUUGUAUGUAAUUAUUGUGAGACUGCAUCCUCUUUAGGUAUAUUUAGCAAGUUAAUUAUGUAGAAGUUAAUUUCAAAUUGAAGGAGGGAGUUACAUAAUAAAAACAUUUUUUUAUGUAA